GUACGAGUUUCGUGUAUACGUGUCUCGGAGCCUCGGAUGAGAGGGAGGUACACGUAGGAAAAAUGGGGCGAGCAUCAGCGAGCUAAUCAGACGGUAUUAAGCAAGUUCGAUCGGCGCGAGGCACGUUCCGGCCAGCACGAUAAACGUGAUCCGUGUCGGGACACACACUUGGUACCAGCCGUUCGCUUAUGAAACUACACGCUUCUUGCUCAAUCUUCCAAUUGAUACGCGGAUCAUCGCGGAAAGAUAAUGAUCGGAUUCUGUGGCAACGUAAACCGUUGCAAUUGUUCGACCGGCGGUGAUGUAAUUGUUUGACUGGCGUCUUUCAUAUGUGUUCCGAAUUCGUCAUCAGGCGUAUUUACUUAUGCGAGAGGAGAUAAUAUAAAUUUAACUUUUUAUCUCAGCCCGGAUAUAUUGUUCAUUUAUGAGAAGUUUGAGUUUAAUAUAUACAAGCUGUUCACGUGUUUGAAUCGAAUUUUACGUAUAUAUCCACGGAUCAAGGAUAAGUUAUUUUUAAACACGCAGGAAUUGCAUAUCAAUCGUAUUAAACGCUCGGUAGUUCUAGUGUUAGAAUAUUCAUGUAGGUUGCGUUCGGUGGAUCCGAUGUUCGUCACACUCGAUCGAAGAUCUUUCGUGUCAGAGCGAGUUACCUUGAGUGUACGAUAAAAAGUGGAAGCAGUGCUCCGGAGUGACAUAAACAUUCUUAAUUACGCGUAACAACAACGGGCGUCGCAGUUUUCAUUAUCUCCCGGCGUGCAUCGACGUAAACGUCGCUUCGUUCAGCUUCUUUGUAAAUUCAAUCACUGCGCAUGAGACGGAAGCGAACUAAUUAUUCCGUUGCAAAAACCGGCGAACGUAUUCACAGCCGGGAGCGUUCACGGCUACGCUGAGGUGCUCCGCGGUGGCAAAAAAAAGAAACGGUUCCGCGUACGCGACACUGUUUGUGUAACGGAUACGCGACGAUACGGGGAAACCACGAGGAGAUAGUGUUUUUCCCCGGUGCGGACGGGACGCAUCCGUGACGCGGUGUGGAUGAUAAGUCGCCCGGGUCAAUGCCGGGCGAACUAACCUUUGCCAGGCAAAGUUGAGGCGUCAACUGUUUCCGAGUUGCAUUCGCGACGCCUCGGUGCAUCUUUCGUUGCCAGUGGACGUGACACGUGACGACGGGACCCGGAAGUGGCUCCGAAACAAGCAGUUUAUGCGGCCGGCCUCGACCAGCCUGAUCCCAAUCAGCCAAUCAUCGCUGAAUGCCCAUUGUUCCGUGAUAGAAGUAAUCAAAUGACCUUCUCCGCCACAAUAUACUCUCAAUAGUAGACGAACUCUCGAACGUAUAAACCGUGCUUUUCAUUUUCUCUCGAUUCACCGACGAUCGCCUCGCGGUCCACACUUUGCGAACCUCUGUGUUAGAACAUUAGAAACCAGAAUCACCUGGAUACUGCCAGCCUCGAGCAGCGUAGCCGUACCGCCGAAGUCCCGCGAAAAUAUCGAGUUUAUAGCCGGUCCAUAAAGAUCCCGAAUCUCGUAAUUGGAAGCCCGAACGCGGAUGGAUCGAUGCCUCGCACUCGGGAAAGUGAGAAAUGGAUAUCGGUGAUUUCGGUUGCGAACUCGGCCAGCGUUAAGAGCUCGCGCGGUAUUAACGCCGGAAAUCGAAAGCUGCCGAGUUCGGGGUUUGAAAGGCUGUGCAUGGCUAUUUGAUGUCGGAAUGAUCGGAGCUUAAGCUUUCAAUGAUACGGGGACGGAGAUGGUGGAAUGUUUGAACUCGGCGAGCCGGAGAGCUCAAUGAGCGUAGUUUGAAAAGUGGGAGAUGAGACUUGAGCAUUUGAACCCGCCGGAGUUUCGACGUUGGGACCGCCGGCUCUGAAAAGCGGAAAUUAGACGUGCACGCUUCGAGACGUGGAUCUCAAUUCGGGAUUUCAAGAUCUCGCGUGUACUGCUUAAAACUCCACUGCUAAUAAUAGAAAUAAUGCAACAUUGGACGAAGGCUGUUCUCACGUGUAUUUGGAAAAUUAAGUUUCGUGAUAACUAGUUUUUAACUAACUUCAGGAAGUGAUAACGAUUAUAGUGGGAAUAAAUGUGGAAGACUGACUACUUUGCGUGGGAGGACACUAAUAUGCUCGUGAUAAUUUUACUGAUAGUCUUGUCGCGUCAGGGACAUACUGAACGGACAUUUUGUUAAUCGGCAUCGCUACCUCCCGCUGAUAACGAAGGACGCGAUAACGUUAUCGAAGCGAGAACGCUUGGGAGCGCCUAGGAAUAUGCAACUGUGUACUACAGUGCCGGCUCACGUUCAGGGAGAAGCUACAAGAUGGCGGUGCUAUGAAAUAUCGCUGGCAAUCGUAGAAGUUACCAGCGAUCGUAAAAAAGAUUUAUCAAACAUUUAUGUAACGACUUUCCUGCACUUUCUCAGUUACAAAUGAAACAUUUACUCUCCGAAACAUUGAUUUCAACGGGAAACAAAAGGAAUGUUAACUAAUUGAUCCAGUAUUCCAUUCGAAAGGUUACCUGCGAAGCUCCACAAGAUGGCCGCACAUUUACGGGAAUAUACCCCACUAAUACCUUCCAUAAAACAAAAACUAAAAACCAAAUUCUCACCGUUCCUUCGGAAUUCGUAAAUACCAACCAUAGAUUAAGAAAACUCCCAUAUUCGAAGCUGUUAUCAAACCUAACCGAGCAACAUCGAAUUUCCAAAACACAACAAACCCAAAUACUCCUCAGAGUCUCAUCUGAAGUCCCUUGAAACGAUCAUUCCAGCUCUCCAACCGUUCAGAACGAAAUGCCGGGGAACUCCAGAUUCGAAUACCAUGACACAAUGUUUGUCUUCCAUCGGCAAGCAGAAACCGCCCCUCAGACGGGCCGACAAACACCCUCGAGUCCUCGAGACGCUCCAGUUCCACGGUCGCAAUCAAGCCCGCGCCCUUCCGUGGGCGCGUUUGCUAUCGAUCGAUCAGGACGCGCUCGUUGCCACGAGUCGCGAAAUCGCUCGGUGGCCAGAGAAAGGAGGGACGGGACAGGCAGAGGGCGAAAGCGGCAGCGGCGGCGGGCGAGAGGGUGCAAAAACCCACCCCCGCGCGGCCAAGCUAUAAGUACCAGACACGAGCCGAGCACGGGCUUAUAGGUCCCGUUGCGGUCUUCCUCGUUCGUUCUUCCGCCAAGCGGUAAAGCCCGCCACCGAACCGACGGUUGAUCUAUGAAUAGAUCCCGAGAUCUCGGACUCCUCCUGCCAUUUUGAUUGCGCGUCGGCCGGAGAUCGAUUGACGGACGGAACACGUGGAACGUUCGAGAGGUGCGGCAUGACAUGUUCCAUCGAUCGAGGACAGGAGUCGGCGGCCGCUCGAUCCCGCGCGCGUAACACGCGGGGCUGGGAUCCAUGCUGAUCGUGAUGCCGGUCGGGAUCACCUGAAGCGGACGCUGAAACCGGCGAGAUGAAGAACAGCAGGUCGAUGCUGGAUAUCGAGGACAUCUGCGGAUGCUCGAUCAUCCCCAAGAAAGAGCUGCCCCAUUUGAGGUCGACUUCCGCCGCCUUCAUGCACGUCCGCGACAACCUCGAGGAGCUGGGCAAGGUGGCGGACGACACGGACCUGCUAUUCCUGAAAGGCCUUCUGGACAGUCCGGUCGUGAACUCUUUGGUGAAGGUCCAGGAGCGUUUGGAGGAUCCUCCUCUCCACGUGGAACCGGUAUGCUCGUCCGUCUGUGACAUCGUCGACGAGGUCUGCCACGCGUUGCGCGCCUCCAGGGACGAGAACGCGCGGGAACUUACGAGACUGCUGCGCAGCUCACACCUGAAGGCUCUUCUGGAGACGCACGACGCGGUCGUCGAGAGGAAAGAGGCACCUGCGAAGCCGGAACCGGCGUUGCCGACGAUGCCCACCAACGAGAGGACCGAGGCCGUGAGGAUGGUCGGCCUGAGGCGGCAACCUGACGAACCUCUGGGUCUGACGGUGCAGGUCGACGAAGCUGGCAACUUGAUAAUCGCCAGGAUCCUGGGCGGCAGCACAGCCGCUAGGCAAGGUCUGCUGAGGACCGGCGAGGUGAUCCUCGAGGUGAACGGGAAAGAUGUCCGCAGCCCCGAGGAGCUUCAGGAAGCCAUUCACGAGGCGAAGGAAAACCUCACCUUGAAAUUGGCGGCUGGGAUCGCGAAUGAUGGGAAUCGACCUGUCAAAUCUACGUGUUACAUGAGGGCCCUCUUCGACUACGACCCGUCCGAGGACACGCUGCUGCCGUGCAGGGAGAUCGGUUUGCCCUUCCAGAAGGGCGACGUGUUGCAGAUCGUUGACCAAGCGGAUCCGAACUGGUGGCAGGCGCGUCGAGUAGAAGGGGAUGGCCUCGGUCCGCCGGGCCUGAUCCCGUCCCUGGAGCUCGAGGAACGGCGGAAGGCGUUCGUUCCGCCGGAAGCGGACUUCGUGCACAAGAUAAGCAUCUGCGGCACCCGGAUCUCCAAGAAGAAGAAGCGGAAGAUGUACCAGUCGAAGUCGAACGGCGAGUUCGACGGCGCGGAGUUGCUCCUGUACGAGGAGGUCGCGCGGAUGCCGCCAUUCAGACGCAAAACCUUGGCGCUGGUCGGCCCUAGAGGCGUCGGCCGUAGAACCCUGAAGAACAGGCUGAUAAACAGCGACCCGGAGAAGUUCGGCACCAUUGUCCCAUAUACCUCGCGACCACCAAGAGUCCUCGAAGAGGAUGGCAAGAGCUACUGGUUCACGGACCGCGAGGCAAUGGAAAUGGACAUCAGGGAGCACCGGUACCUCGAGUACGGCGAGCACAGCGGCCAUUUGUACGGCACCAAGCUGGACUCCGUGCGCGAGCUGAUCCGAGCCGGGAGAAUGUGCGUGCUGGACUGCAGCCCGGCCGCGCUGAAAAUCCUCCACAACAGCACCGAGUUCAUGCCGUAUGUGAUCUUCAUAGCCGCGCCGGGAAUGGAGCAAUUAAAAUGCUUGUACGACCUUGGCAGGUCGACCGGAGCGAGCAGUCGAAACUUAAUGUUUGACCGCGCGAGUUCCAUCAGGUUCAGCUCGAGGAGAGCCAGGACUCUGGAGUCUCUCGCAUCGUUAUACGAGGAAGACGAUCUGAAAUCCACGCUGGAGGAAUCCGCCGCCUUGCAACGCGCCUACGAGAAGUACAUCGACCUAGUGAUCGUGAACGAGGACUUCGAUAACACGUUCAGACAAGUGAUCGCCGCGUUGGACUCUCUGGCCACUGAACACCAAUGGGUACCCGUGAACUGGAUCUACUAGAUCCGCGAGAACCAUCGCGGACGAAGACAUAGUGUCCCAAAGGAUGACCUUUACGAGCGUUCGAAACCCAUCGAUGCCUGUGGAACACGGGAAAGUGACCUUUUACAGUCUAUCGAGCUUUCCUCGAGCUGUCAGCUCCGUUCUGACGCUUCGGGAGCUGCCUCUCGAGCCUCGAGCCAACGAUCGAGCGUAUCGUUGUCGCGAUCGUGUUCAAACCGAGCCGCGAAUCGCAGCGGUCCCUCUUCUUUUUCUUCUUUUUCAAUUAUUAUCAUUGUCGUACUAUGUGUAUAGAGAGUCUAGAGUGUUGUGUGUACAUUGUCUCGAUUGUACGGACACUUUUAAUUUAAUGGUACACCGGACCGAGACGGAGGAGACGCCGAGAAGUACCGGUCACGACGGUUCGCGAUCGUCCAGGAGGCAAAUCCCGUUCAUUGCCGUUUCUAGCAAGUACAAUCAUAGCAUUUACGUUACGUUACGCUGCGUUACUUUGUUUUAGGUUUACGAAGCGACCCGUUCCACCCGCUGCCAGGCGGCUUCCGAUUUCAAUCGUUAGUAUUUUCUUGAAACGAUACCAACCUUCUCAGUGAUCAUUCACUUAAUCCUUCGUUGUGACAUAUGUUAGAUGCAUUCGUCCUGUGUUCAACGUUUAUACUCGUCAUUGCUUGAUGUUACACGAGAGAUUUCCCAUAUUGAAUAUCACAGUUAACUCGAGUUGAACACUAUUCAAUAGAUUUUCUAGUUUCUUUUCGAGAGUGUCUUACUUUCUCAUUUUCUAAUUCUUGACCAACGCGUCUCUCACCGUUUCCAAUUCACAAAAAGCAAACAGUAUAAUAUUCUCCUUGGAUACAUUCCCCAUUGUCAAGAUUGGAAGGUGUCGAACGGGUCGGCGGGAGUAAGCAUUAGACCGUCCAAUUAAUUUUAGGAUAACGCCUCGUUUUCAUUUCCCUCCAAGCCUGCGUACACGUACGCGCGCGUUUAUUUUGCGGUUUAAGUGCAACGGACACGACUUGUUCUUUUCAAAGCAAUAUAUAUAUAUAUGUAUAUGUAUACAGAGAGACAGAAAGUGUGAGUGUGUGCGUGUGAGGGAGAAAGUGAGGGAGAUUAUUGUGCAUUAUGUACUCGAUGGAUCCUCUUUGUACCGCUCGUGCACGCUGAACGUAUUCCUGGCAUAGAGUGCCUUAAUAGUGCAGCCCCGCAAGGCUGCGGCGAAGACCUACUAUGUCGAACGAAGAAGAGAUUGUCUUUUACACAAGAGUUUCACGUAACGAACGCUGACCAUCGACACCGCCGUUUCCUUUGUUUCCCUUCGUUUCCUUGUUUCCAUCGUUUCCCAUGCUCCGGCCACGUAUGCACGCGGAUACACUCGAGCGGUCCUCUUCACGCGAAUGUACACGCGCAGCGCGACACACGGAAGAAUAAAGUUUAUCGAGCGUUCGCCAUGAAUUUGAAUAAAACCAGUUUGCCAAUCCUAAUCAUCCUAGACGGUUGCAUUGAUCCUCGAUCGUAGCGAUAAGAAUGUCGAUCGACCGGACCCGAGGACCAUUGGAGGUUGAGAGGUGUUCUCAGAACGCCAUGGAUCUUUUAAAUAUAUAAUUGCGGUCUCCUGGAUCGCGCAGAUCUUUUGAAUGCGCGAUUGCUCUCCCGAAUGCAGACGUUUUGAAUAUAUAAUUGGGACGGGCGAUCUUGGGGAUCGAUACAGGAAAUUAUAGAAGCUUGUAGCUCGCGCUGUAAGUCGCUUAUGUUUAGGACGAAGCUGUAGCAUUGACGCGGACUGAACAUUGGCUUCGGUUCAAAUUAAAAGCUGCCCGUCUUCGCGGCAGUGUAUCGUUAGCUCGAUUACGAAUGGAAGUAGAACACUCACGUGUCGAUAGCGAUCAUGAUUUUGAAUUACACUUGGCUGUAUUGGUGAGGGAAUAGUUGUUACUUGUGUUACGUGUAUGGACGCAACUGUGGAAAAACAAUUGGAAACAGUCGUGUUUAAUUGUAAUUGUUCCGAUGGAGAAACAUGCUGAAAUUGAGCAAAUGAUAUGGAAUCUUUGAUUUUUAACAGAAUGCAAAUGCAAAUGACGAUUUUAUUUGAUUAUCUGUUUCUGUAACUAUAAUGUUCGAGCUUUUAUAGUAAUAAUGAUCUGGAUGUGGUGACUUGUCUAUGGUAUUGAAUAAUUGAGUACAACUGAUUAAUCAAUUUGAUUAAUUAUCGGUGAUUUUAAUCAACUGAUAAUUGAUAAUUUAAUAAUUGGUUAUUAUCGGUGAUUUUAACAAUUAAUACGCAAUUGCUUUUUUAACGUGACAGAGAAUGGCUUGAAUGAUUUGUGUCGCCAUCCGCGGUGAAACGUCCAAGUCACUCGUGAUGACCACAAAUAAAAUGGUAAGUUCAUUCCUAUAAUACCGACGGGGUUUGAAAAAGUUAAAUUUUCACGUAGCUUCAUUAGCUUUAUAUCCUGUUGAUAUUAUAGGAAUGAACUUACCAUUUUAUGUCUGUAAUCAGUGCCAAUAAGUUGGCCAUUCUGCCGUAGAUGUCACUGCGAACACAUUUGGCGACGCAAAAAACUUGAAUAUUAAUUUGUAGCACCACGGAACGAUAAAAUCAUAAUUUACACAUAGCUUUAUAUGUGCAUUUCAAGUUACAUAAAUUACAAUAUAUAAGAUAAUUAUUUUUAAACCAAUCCGUGUAAAAUUGUCUAAGGAAAAUAUUGGAUUUUCUACGAAACUUCGAAUGUAUCUUUAAUGACACAAUUCUCAUACUGAAAUGCCUUUACAGGUGUAAACAAUUAUUUAAGUAAUGAUAGUUUAAAUUUAAUACUGAUCUAUUAAGAAAAUGCAGAAACUGCAACCAAAAUGGAUCGCAAAUCGAUGACAACGGAUCACGUGAUCUGUCUAUGGGGUUUUUCUUCCUAUUGUUCCUUGAUCUUUUCGGAAUAAAAAGGUACCUGAGUAUAUGAAAGAACUGAAAUGGAAAAAUUAUGGUUAAAUGUUAGAUACUCAGAUACGAAUAGUUGUGAUUAUAUCAUGAUGCGAUAAUGAUCGCAAAGAAAACAGAACUUCGCGGUUUUCAGUAAAAAAUGCAUUAAUAAACCACCCUUUAACGCGCAGAUGCACAACUACUUUUAUCUUGGUCAAUAGAGUGCACGAUUAAUACUAUACAUUUUUUUAAUCAGGAAUGAAACAGUAAACACACCAGAUGACCCCAUAGAGUUCACUUAAUAUCGUGAUUUACGUUAUGUUAAAAAAUGCUAUGAGGGAUCAAAUUUAUCGAUAUAAUUAAACGUUAUAACACACUAUUAUUAGUACUAGCAUUAUACAAGUAGUUAUUAAAUUAAUUUACAACUGUUACAUUAAAGUAACAAUUCAAAGAAAAUGUAUUUGUAUAGUUAAGAAAAUAUACGAACAUUUUUGUAAUU